AUGGACAUUUUUUAUGCCAGCUUAAUAGGAAUUUCAAGAACUAUAGCUGCUUUACCUUUUGAGCAUCCUUUUGAAUAUAUAAAAACACAAGUCCAAGCAAAUCCGCAUGUUGAUCCUUAUAAAUUUGUGAUAAACGAUAUCAAAAGUAAUGGGAUUCUAAAACUAUACACAGGACUAAUCCCUAAUGCCAUUAGAAAUUCUUUUAAGCAGGCAUAUAGAUUUCCAAUGAUGGUUCACUUUCCAAGAAUUUUUAGAACUUUUAUAAGGAACGAAAAUGCUGUGCAAACACUGACUGGACUUUCUAUUGCUGCGAUAGAAGGCUAUAUAAUCUGCCCUUUAGAAAGACUUAAGACUUGGAUUAUGACAUCACCGAAAGCAACGAUUAGACAAUUUUUUCGAGAAAAGAACUUAAAGCAUGAAGCUUUCAGAGGGAUUCAGCCAUUAUUAUUCAAGCAGACUAUUUCUUGAGUUACGUUUUUAGGCUGCACUUCGUUUUUUAAAGAAAUAACAAAAAAAUAUACACAUAAAGAAGAGCUACUGUAUUCAGAACUUUUAAUUAUAGGAGCUAUAGUUGGAGUUAUUAAUACAGCAGCGGUCAUGCCUUUAGAUUUUGCAAAAACUCAGCUGCAAAAAUAUGGAGAAAUGGAAGGGAAAUCUACAUGGGGAGUUUUGAAGAAAUUUAUAGAUAAUGAGAAAAGUAAUAUUGGAAAAAUAAGGAUUGUGUGCUCUGGAUGGCAGUUUAGAAUUGUGCAGUAUAUUAUUGAUGCUUGUCUUACAGUUUCUUUGUUAGAUAGAUUGGACACACAUUUUAAGAAUAGAGCGAAAAGUUAA